UUACAGUGCCGAGCCGGGAUGCGGCUUGUGCAAAUCAAGAUUAACUCAGAUUUCAUGGAGUUUUGAGACGAUUUUGUCAAGAUCCACAAUCUCCAUGCGGAGAAGAUUGCAAAGUCCUUCCUAGUUCGAAUAUCUACGAAACACCGAGACAGCAAGUUGCAGAUCCGGGAGACGGCGAUGCCGAGCAGAUCUCAGCUUCAGUGGUGAAGUGGAUACAGCCGUGAGGACGACAAGUCUUGCGAUUGAAAGGGAUUGGCCGCAUGUGAGAUUGGGCACAGCCUGGGGGUAAUGACGAUCGUCGUUGCGUUGGGUUGCGGUUCUGGUUAGUGUGAGGGCAUCACCAUCCCCCAAAACCAAGAUCAAAAGGGAUGGACCCUUCUGGUGGCGUCCGUUUACGUCAUUUGGUGGGGAAGGGUGAGUUGGAAAAUUGGCUGCAAGCAGCUGAGCUGGGGUAUUCUUUGGGAUCGAGAUACUUGCGAAUACUUGCAGAAGCUAGAGCUGGGACAGGCACUAGAGAUAGUUAGGGGGAGAUUAGUGAGACCAGUUCAUGUCGCUAAAGUAUCUGCAAGUACCGCAAAUAAGCCCAUUCGGUGUAAGUGCCAUGAGCUCUCUUGGCGUGCGACCAGAUGGAACUCAAUGCCCCCCUUCUCCAAGCCCAUCAACUGCAUCAUCCAUUCAUAAUAACAAACAUCACGGCCAGUAUCACUAACACAAUCUACAUCUGGCGCCUCAAAGACUUGACCGUGCUCUAGGCCUAUCUUUGGCGCUUGUUGACUCAGUUGAUUCCGACUACGCUCACUCUUUUCCUUAGGUACAAGCUCUCACUCAGACCGAGGCUUGACAGUAAGUAUCUAGGUCUCCUUCGCUCUUUGCUUCACCGUCACCUGCAACAACGGACUGGAAAGCUCCUCCAUUGUGGAACAUAUAGAUCACCUUUGAUCUUCAGUCUAUUUCUAUUACCCGCUGAUUCUCAAUCCUCUACUCCACAGUUUCCGCCCAAGCUCCUCCAAACAGAAGAAGCAACAGAGCCAAGGUACGCACGUCGUCGAUUCACCAUCAUCAUUGUCUCAGAAAGUUCCUCCACUGCGACGUGCAAAGGAGACGCUAGUCUCACGCUUUGAACCUCAAAAGGCCUCCAAUCUAGUGCUAGCGGCAAUCUGCCAGCAGUGAGGUUGUGCGCCCAUUGCGUCAACACCAUCAUCCCGCGAGCUCUACACCCUGAUUUUUUUUGGUUUUGCUCGGGCUGCCUGCACAAGCUCGCCCAGCAACCGGUUCAAUCCAGUCCAGGCCAACCCGACUGGAACCCCUCCACUCAGUGCCGUUACUGACUUUCUAGGCUCUAGGUUCCAGGCUCUUCUCCCCUUCCGUCUCGGGUCCGUCCCCCAUCUCCUCGUGGUCCAUUCCGUGGUUUCUGUUUCUCUCCGUUGGUCCUUGCUUGCUCUAGCUCAGGUUGUUAAACUACGGUACUCGACUUGCGUAGUACUGUAGGAGAAAUAACAACGCCACCUCCGCCAUGGAUCUACCUCCCUCUCACUCUCAUCAAUCUCAACCUUCGUCAUUUCCUCAACAGGCGUCUUAUCCAUACUCGUACGGUCACGAUUCUUCUCCAGAAUCAUCCUCAGCUUCCCACCAGCGUGCAACUGCUACUAAUACCGCCGUCAACGCACACGCACAAUCACAUUCUCAAUACGACGAUAUCUACAAUCCGUCAAAUUCGAUUCACGCACCGCAACCGCUGUCGCAACAAGGAGGUCGUUUCACCGAGGAAUGGGGUGCAGCACCGCGCGGGCCUUCAGUCCUCCUUGAUUAUCCUUCGCCCAGCGCAAACAUGCAGCGCAGCAAUUCGGUACAUAGCUUCGUGACUGGCGAUGACCAGCAGCUCCCGGCUCGCCAGAACACCCUCAAGAAGAAGAGCUCCGUCCGCCGAAAUGGGAGUCUCAAGCGUAGUAGUAGCCGUCGUUCUAUGAGAGCUGGCAGCGUUAAGAGUCUUGCCUUACAAUCCUCAUCAGACCAUGAUGAGGCGCAUAGUGCUUUCUAUUGCCCAGUCCCUACAUCGGGCAACCCUACCGAGACACUCUCGAACCGAUUCCAGAACUGGAGAAAGGUGCUCAAGGAUCUCAUCGCUUACUUCCGCGAAAUUCAAAAUCAUUACGAACAACGCUCCAAGUCGCUCCUCAAACUCGCCAAUGUGGCUAACAAUAUCACUACCCCACCUGGUUUCCUUCAGUCAGCUGGAAUCGAUGAUGCGCUCCAAUUUCUACGAAUUUACAACAAGAAUGCUAUCCUCGAGGCCAACAAGGCCAAAGAAAUUGAAGAGGAUGUUAUUCUUGCACUCACUGGAUUGAGGAGCGACCUCCAACAGAAGAUUAAGGAGAUCAAGAACCUUUCAGGCGACUUCAAGAACUCGGUCGAGAAGGAGAUGGACCACACUCGCAAAGCUGUCAAGACGCUCAGCGAUAUUCUUGGCAGAAAUGAGUUGGAUGAAUCUUCAACCACUGGCAAGCAAGAUCCAUACCUGCUGCGCCUAGCCGUCGACCGUCAAGUUGAGCGUCAGUUGGACGAGGAGAACUACCUCCACCAAGCUUAUCUCAAUCUGGAGAAUUCCGGACGAGAGCUGGAAGCGAUUGUUGUUGGAGAGAUUCAGAAAGCCUACAACGCUUAUGCUGGCAUUCUUAAGCGGGAGGCUGACAAUUCCUAUAACGUCAUUGGCGAGCUUCGAGAUGGCCCUAUUGCCAUGCCCAAGGACCAUGAAUGGAUGCAUUUUGUGACUCACAACGACAAGUUCGUUGACCCAAGCAUUCCGCUCAGGACCCCAGACCAGAUUCAUUAUCCCGGACAGGACCAUGAGGCAGCCCAGGAGAUUCGAGCCGGAUUGUUGGAGCGCAAGAGCAAAUACUUGAAGAGCUACACAGCCGGCUGGUAUGUACUUUCCGCUACGCAUCUCCACGAAUUCAAGUCAGCGGACAAGGCGCAAGCCCCUAUCAUGUCUCUUUAUCUUCCAGAACAGAAAGUAGGAUCCCACUCCAACGAAGGAGGCUCUUCGAACAAGUUCAUCCUCAAGGGUCGCCAAACGGGCGGCAUGCACCGCGGACACACUUGGGUCUUCCGUGCCGAAAGUCAUGACACUAUGAUGGCUUGGUACGAGGAUAUCAAGGCUCUCACCGAGAAGACUGCCGAGGAGCGAAGUCAGUUCGUUCGAAGCCAUUCAAGAAGCCUUAGCCGAUCAUCCCGACGAUCAGUUAGUAGCGAUGGACUAGUCGACGAGGAGGACGAGGAGCCCUUCACGGCCGAUACUGAAUCAUUUACCAAUCCGGGACCAAGACAACAUGAGGCGACUCCCCGGCGAUCUCAAGCAGGUGGGCGGUUCCCAUCUGAUAUCCAAGUCAAUGCGCAACGUGGCUUACAGGCCCCUCAUUCGCCUUCUAGUGUAAGCUCUGGCUUCCAGGACAACAGGGACCCCGCUGUACCACUGAUUGUCACGGGUGCCCUUUCUGGUCCGGCCGCUGGAGAAUCGGAGCAGAGCAGGGAUGACCAUCCGGGCUAUGGGACUGUUCAUCAGACGCCCAUGGAUGAGAUGCCCUCGCAUGCUGCAAUCGCAAGCCAAAAGGCCCAUUACGACGGUGUUAACCCUUACACGAGCGAGCCAGUCAACCAGACUCCCGUUGAGCCGGCCCCCCUCCACCAACAGCAGCAGCAAUACCAGUCACAGUAUGAAUCGCAGCAGCCUGUACAGCUGUCAGACUACGUCGAUCAACACCAUGACCAAACCUUUGUUCCUGUUGUGAUCCCCCAGGGUAAGGAUAAGCGCGAUGGCAAUUUCGCCAAUAGUGAACAACGCCACUUUGAUGAGCAGCCUAACAAUCAUACUAUGGAGCCACGAGAUGAGCCAUACGGUGGAUAUACAAUCAGUGGAGCUGGCCAUGAGACAUCGAACUAUGAGCAGCCUUCAUAUCCUCAGGCGUCAUAUGACAAUCAACCCAAUCACAACUAUGCCAAUGGCAAUGCCAAGGGCAACAGUUACACAAUGACAACUGUGGGAGAGGGCUUUCCUAGACUUGACGGCGGCGCAACUGAAGAGCGACGACCAUCAACUCGAGGAGGCGAAUCAGUCUAUACAGAACGUGACUCCGUUCUGCUCCAGACAGACGAUGAAGAUGAGAAGCCUGUCCCAGUCCGACCAUCCGGUAACAACCGGACUGAGAGCCAUAACACCAUCUCGAACCUGCAUAUUCCUGGCGGUUAUCCCAAGAGCACUCAAGCAUAGGAUGGAGCAUCAGUAUUCGAGUUUUUCCCCCUUCGUGGGCCCUUUUUUCGGUUUCCUUAUUGUUAGUUCUAUUUUGUUCUGAUGAAGAGAAAUGGUUUCGGAGGAUGGUAUAGCGUUGGUAAGAGGACUAUCAGCGUUGGCUGACGGGAGGCGUUGGUCGAAUGUGUUGACGGGCCGGUUAUGGUACGGUUUGAAAUGGGAUAUCCCUCGUUUGGCUUUGGUUUGGUUUUGCAAAAUAUUUACUUGGAUCGAUGUGAUAAGAUAUCUUAGUCUGUUUCAAUUGAUUGAAAAGUUCAGCGCGUAUCAU